UCUCAUUCUAAGGUGGAAUACCAGUCGUCACUGUUUUCUGUUGUGUUUUUAGGCUGGAAUCGGGCGAAAAACAUGCCGUUUCGAUAAUCGAAUGAGAAACAAAAGACUUUUCGGGCAAGUUAUCGUACAGAAAGUUGGGAAAGGUGCUCCGUUACGGGUGUGUGUGAAUGGUGCAUGUGUAAUUUAAUAAGAGCAGGGGAGGCUGGCGAUUUAAUAAGAUAUUGAUUUGUCCGCGACUGCCUUGCUGGCUCCAUCGCACACACAAACCAGGUAGCCAUGAACGUCGAUAUUUUUGGGGCACUGGCUGGUGCAACGUGUCGGCUGUGCAUAUGCCGUGCUCAAGCGUGCUUGCAAGCCUGAUAGGGCCCGAAAUGCAAAUAGCCAUUGGCGAUAUGCAUUAACGAUACGGGGCAAAUUCCGACGAGUACGACCAGUACGAUUAUAACAUUCAUCACAACGGCGACCACCACGGUAACGAUAGCCACGACGGCGGCGACAACGACGCCGACUACGACUACGAAAACGGUAACGAUAACGACGAGGACGGCGUCGAGAACGACGACGACCCUCACGACAAGUGUACUGACGGUGACGACGAAAACGCCGAGGACGGCAGUGACGGCGAAGACGUGUCAAUUAGAAAAAAAAGUUAGUGAUACUACCGCUACACCGUCAACAUUUUACAUAGUAUUUUAACACGUUUGCAGUGUUCAAUGUAGUUGUUCGGAAAUUGCAUGUGUAAAGAAAAUAUCUGAGACAGAAUGGAUCUUACCAACAAUGGAACAUCGGGGGGUGCAGUGGCUUGUCCUGUUUGUACCCUCUAUUUACGCGAGGGUAUCAGUUUGCAAAGACAUUUGGACACACAUCCAAAGGAACAAGUCAUCGAAGCUCUUAUCAAAGCCAGUUCUAAUUCCUCGCAAUCACCACAAAGUCAGCUAUCACCGUCUGCGCCUCCAACUUCUCCAUCUGUACAAUCACCGCAGAGUACACCACCAGUUUCACAGAAUACUCAUCUGUCAACUCAAUCACCAUAUCCUAUAGGACCAAUCUUUGAAUGUCCACCGAUCGGUACUGUGAUGCCACCUCAAUUUGCUUCGUUCAGUUAUCAACAGUUCGUGAACAAUGGCACUAUGAUGAUACCGCAAUAUGCAAUGGCUCCUCAAGCUAAUCAAAUGAUGCAGAUGCUGUAUAAUCCUUAUGGUAUGUAUCAGCAACAACAAAUACCAACUGUUCAGAUGAUCUCACCAGUUACAACUAUACCUAAUACAACUAGAGGCAGGUCAAUAGUAACUAUGGCAGGCGAAACAAGUGGUAGGACUGCCAUUGCUAUACCUGUAAAUAAUUCCGAGCCAAAACAAAUCUUACCUGAGAUUUUGCCCGAAUCAGAACAGGAAUCUGAACAAGUGUUACCAGAUAUUAAUCUUCCAGUUUCACCUCCAUCGUUAAUCGAAGAAAAUUCUAUUCAUCAAAAUGAAAGUGAGACCACUACAAUUCAAAUAGAAACUGAAGAACAGGAGUCCACUACAUCGGAUAGUGAAAAUCGACACAUUAUUCAAAAUGAAUAUGAUAACAUUCCAAGAACAUUGGCAAUCACUUGUAAUGUUGAGGAUGAUAAAGUUGAAAGUGUGUUGCCUGAUAUCGAUGAGGGCGAAACUUCAUGUGUUGUUACUGUAGAUGUUCAAUGUAAACCUAUGCAAUACGAAUCCUCGAGUGUACAAGAAGAAUAUGUGCACAUAUAUAAAGAUGAGGAAGAUAAUAAUAAAGAUAAUAUGCCUGAAGUACCAUUAGUGACAUCAGCGAAGGAAUUUGAAGAGACAACUACAGAAAAAGUUCCUUGCACAGAAGUAAAUGAAACUGAAGGUACUUCGUCUGAAAUACCCACAGAAGGUGUAACUAAAGAUCCAGCUCAACCUGAAGUAGAACAGUUAGAACGUCUUUUAAUCACUAUUAUGGAAAAUGAAUUUGAUACUGAGUCACAUAAAAAAUCUGCUAAUACAGAUGACAAGAAGAAAGAGGACGAUCCAAAAGAAGAUCCACCCUCUUCUCCCCCAGAAAGGGCAGAAAGUGUGAUUCAUGAAACAGCAGUUAACAGUUCCAGUGAAUUUGAAAACAAUUGUAAAUCCAGUAUAGAACUAAAAAUUAGUGAAAGUUCAGAAAUUGAUGUAGAUAGUAAAGAAGAUAAAAAUUUGUGUCUUUCAUAUCGUUAUAAGAACAGCUUGUCUGCACCUGUAUCACCUAUGCCAACAGACAGUCGUCGUUCAACCUACUCUGUACGUUCAGUAUUUGGUUCACAUGAGAACCUUAAUUCUUACCCAGUUGGUUUCGAUGCAAAUACAUUGCAAGACGAAGAAAAUGAAGAUGAGAAAAAUGAAACACAAGACAACUUUGAUGAAGCAGAUAUGGAAAUAGAAGAAAUUCAAAGUCCUCAUACACCUUUCAUUAAAUAUGGAGAAAAUUCAGAUAAUGUUAGAUCACAUACCCCAUUAUCUGUGAGCAGUGGUAUUUCUGUAUUAAGGGUGAGAAAGGAUCUCAGUAAACCAUGUUCACCGGCUUCAGUGCAUUCAUUUUGUCAUAUAGAUAAUGGUAUAAGCCAUGAUGAAGAAAGUAAUAUAGCAAUGGAUGCAACACCAGAGAAAGAUCCUAUUGAUUGUUCUUCUAUGGAGCAAGAUGUAAAAGCAGAUCAAUCAGAAAUCUUUUUGAAUGAAACUGUUGAGAAGAAAAUGGAAGGAAAUUCAGCAUAUCAAUCUGUAAUAACUGAACAUGUGAGCUCAUUUCCCACAAUUUCACAACAAUCAACAUCAUCAUCGCAUGAACAAUAUUCUAGUACACCAAAUAAAAGUAAUCUUGUAAAUCUGUCAGAAUCUAUAGCUGUUGCAAGUAGUUCUGAUUCAAAGAGUUUCCAUUCUUCUAAAUCAAUUAUACAAAAACCAUCAAUGGAACUACUUAGUUUAAAUGAAGAUGCCCAUGCAGGUCCAAUGAAUGUUUUUGAAUUUGAUGGGCUUCACAUCUUAGUUCCUAGUACAUUUAUAAGUGAUUCUUCUCAAAAAGCUGUUAGUGCAACGAGUCAGCAAUCUAUGGCAAGCAGUGAAGGUGGAAUAGGUAUAGAUGAAGAAGUAAAGAGUGUUAAUAUGAGAGCUGAUGAAACUAUGCCACCUAGAGGUGAAUUAUCAGAACAGGAAAGCAAUGGAUGCACCGAACCGUCUGCUUGGCAGCUGUAUGCUGGUCAGGAGUCAUCACGUAUGUCUACUUCUUAUGACUUAAUGGCCCGUGAGAGUUGGGAAGAAUCUGAAGGAUCAGACAAUGAAAUUAGUGGACCGUUAUUAGACAGUAGAUCAUUAGCUACACAUUUCACAUCAAGUCUGUUCCUAGAUCGAGACAGAAAAACUCCAACAAAACGAACAUUCAAGUGUUACCAUUGUCCCGAGGUUUUUGAUUGUCCAAAAGAACGCAGAGUACAUAGUACUACUACGCACAAAGAAGCUGGACCUAGUGGUAGCAGAGAUUCUACAGAUCAACCUGAGGUGAAAGAUAUCAAAUUGCUGGAUGGCCGCAUGAACGCAUUUGAGGAGAUUUUUGUACCAGGUUUACAUGUUCAACAAGUUUAUCAUCAACAGCCACUAUUACAUCAACUGCAACCACCGCAAUCUUUGGAUGUAACUGCAAAAGUAGAACCUGAUCAAAAGAUUGAAACUUCUUUAGUGUUACCGUCAAACAUUGAGGUAGUUUGUACCCUGUGCAAUCAACGAUUUAGUAGUGAAAAAUCGUUACAGCUACAUCAUAAAAGAGUACAUCUCACAGAAACGUCAAAACGAGUUCGUGAUAGUACCAAGUGCCAGAUAUGCCAAGAAGAGUUUCCCUCAGUUUUGUUGUUCAAUGCACAUCUUAAAAUACAUCCAUUAGAGUGUGGUCAAUGCGGGAAGUAUUUUUAUAGGAAACAGAACUUCAAGUUACACAUGAAACGACAUUUAGGGAUAAAACCGUUCCCAUGCACUGUUUGUGACAAAGCAUUUUUAACGAAACAGAAAUUGGAUGAGCAUACCAACGGACAUACUGGAAAUGCACCCGUUAAAUGUAAUCUUUGCAAUGAAACAUUUCGUAGAUAUUCAAAUUUGACUCAACACAAAAAUAGACAUCAUUUAAACAUAAAAAGAAAAUUGAAGGAUUAUAUAUGUCACUGUGGCGAGGUAUUUCAUACGAAGAAAAAAUUGGCUUGGCAUAAGGAGACACACGACGACAAGCCCAAAGCGUGUACGUAUUGCAAUGAAAGAUUUAUUCAUAUGGCUAGCCUGACCAGACACAUGCGUCGUGCUCACAACAGAAGAUUCGUUCCGGAUGCUCAAAGGGAGAGCGAAAACGUUGAAUGUCCUAUAUGUAAGUGUAUUUAUUUGCGAUCUUCCUUAGCAGUACAUAUGCGAGUACAUAACGGGGAGAGACCAUAUGAAUGUCAAGUUUGCUCCAAGGCGUUUAGUACUAAGUGGAACUUACAAUUGCACAAAUGGACACACGCUGCCCGUAGCACCAAACCUUUCAAGUGUAAUCAGUGUAGUGCCGCAUUUUACCGGCACAGCGAUUAUACCGCUCACAUGAAUUCACAUAGGAACGUGCGUCCUUAUACCUGCAACUAUUGCGGAGCGCAGUUUAUACGAAAGUAUAAUUGUCUAAGGCAUGUCAAAGAGCACGAAGAGAAUAAAGCAUACACGUGCGAUGUUUGCAACAAAACAUUUCAUAGAUCGUACUAUCUGAAGGAGCACUUGCGAGUACACUCGGGCGCCAGACCAUAUACAUGUCAUAUUUGCGGGAAAUCGAGCGGUACGAAGUCGAACCACAACAAGCACGUUAGGAUUCAUCAUGCGCGAGAACCUGUAAAUACCGAAAACUAAACGAAACGAACGAGAGUUUUUAUUCAUUUAGUCAAUAUCAAUGUUUUUAAAAGUACAGUAAAUUCUCUCCAGUU